AUGAGUUUGCAGAGGGUUCUGGCUUGGAGCAGCCCGCCGGGGUCGGAGGGGUCGAGCGCCGGGUUCCGUUCAAGCACUGUUGAAGCAGGAAACCGCGGCGACUCCGGCGAGAACGUCUCGAGUUUUGACUUCUUCAUCAGGAAAUUUGGGGCAGUGAAUCUGCUGUUCCUGGAAAGGACUGAUGCCAUCGACCUGAAAGACAGAGAGCACUUUGGGGACAGAAAAAACAAAAAGGUAGGCGUGACCUCCUCCAACUCCCCCUGGCCUUCUCGAUGCAACCCCCCCUACUCCUCUUUCCAACAUCCUUCCAGGGCUUGUUUAGCUCCAUUCUACAACCUUGGAGUUCACUGCUCUCCUCCGGAAAGCAACCUCAGCCAGUUUCUGGAUCCUUCAGCGGCCAAGCUCCUGGUGACAGGAAGACCAGAGGAGGAACGUGGGCUGCCAGGCUGUAUCUGGUACCUGAGAUCCAUCUGGGAAGAUGAAAGGCAUAUCCGCCCUCAGCAUCAUCACCAUCAUCUGAAGAGGCAGGCUGCCUCAGCUCCUAUACCGCCGAGGCAGAUUUAUACACAACGUAGCCAUCUCUUGAGAAGAGGUGUAGUUGAUAGGCCAUGCCAACCCUCUCAGUUUGAACCAUUUAUUGUCUCCAAAGUCUGGACUGCCAGCAGUUAUCUCACCAAAAGAGCCACUUUCCUAAGCACUCUGUGUCCAUGGCCGUGCCCCAAGAUCAGCAGAGCUGACGACAUGUGUGACUGCCUCAUUUUGAUGUGUUCCCUCCAGGACUUCCUGAGCCAGGAACUCCGCUAUGGGUUUCACAAGCAUUGUUCCAUCCGCUCAACAAGAAUCCCAUCUUGCAGAUGGUUUGGCAUCUCAUCUAAGGGCAGAGAACCACUGACGAGCAAAGGCAGGGCAAAUCUGAGUGCAAAGCUCAAAGACGUGUUCGUUUCACCUGAGUGUUGGGGAGCCCAUCCCCGGAAGGAUGUAGUCAUUGUACACAAUUCUCUUCUAGUCACGUGCAUCUCUGACUUGCAUUUCUCCAGAGCAAACUUUAAGCAGUGAGAAUGCAGAGUGGUCUCCUUGCAUCAUGACCUUCAGAUUCAGAAGGUCAGAGCUUCUAACCGGACAGAGUAAAGGCGUUCUCUGUCUCUGAAGCUGGGAUGUGCCUCAGCUGGGAUGACUCCAGUGGCGGGGACCAGAGGACCACUCCCAAGGUGACUCUCAUUCCACAUGUCCGAUGUCUCGCUUGGGAUGGUGUCACUUGGAGCACCUAUUUGUGACAGUUUUGGAACUCUUACAUGAACAUCCAGUGCUUCAAGAGGGAGUGACCCAGUGAAUGACUUGGGCCUACGUGGCUCUUUACAACAAGGUUUUGGGCAUCAUCUGGCAACAUGCUUCUAAUUUUACAGACUUGCUCAUGUUUACGGUGAAGGGGCAUUGCCCUCCCACAACUCAGUAGAAGUUUGUCAAAGAAUUUUUACAUAUUUAAAAACCUCUAGAUGUGUUAAUAAUUCUGGGCCAGUAGAUAUGUGAGCUGAAUGAAAUGAGAGCAUUAUAUAUGCCAAGGACAUUGCUAGUUUGUUUCCCAUUUAAAGAGUUCAAAGAUUGGGAUGACAAUGUGUGCCUUCAUUUGGUUGGAGUCAUUGUUCUCCCUGUCACUAAGGUGACAUAGGAGAAAGAGUAGGUAACAGCUCAGGGCAGAAGGGCAAUGGGGUGUUGG